AUGAAGCGUGCGAAGCUGCUGCAUCUUGGUGGAGUUGAGCUCCAACGAAUUUUUCGUAGUUUACCGGAUCAUGAUAAAAUACCUCUGGUUACGACUGAUCCGAAAGUCUAUGACUUGGCUAUCGAGUUGCUUGAUUCAUAUUUUCAAGCAGGCAGGCAAGAUGUUAUAGAACGCAGAAAGCUCCGUAAGCUGAAACAAGAGCUAAACGAAAAAUUUUCUCAUUUUCUUAUUCGGCUUCGCCAACAAUGUAUGAACUGCGGUUUCGAGAAGUAUCCAGGCAAAGUGAAUGAAAUACUCAAGGAAAUCUAUCUCAUUGAUGUUAUCGUUGAAAAUUGCCGAUCAGAUGAAUUACGUAAGGCUAUUUUGAAACGGGACCGCACACUUAAGGAAAUUGAAGAAAUUGCGGCGGCAAUCGAAGACACCGACCAACAAAUGAGAGAACUAAAGGAGAACAACAAUGCAAUACGCGAAGCAUCCGUUUGCGAAAUCAGAAGAAGUGAGAAGACCACUGCGGCGGUUGCAAAACCUGACGAACGGAAAAGCCAACCAUUUAGUGCAGUAGGACGUCGAUACAAUCAACAGCAACUGGCAAGAAGCAGCAAAAUAGCUAAAUGUUUUUCAUGUGGACAGCUGGGACAUUUCUCAACUUCGCCGGAAUGUCCAGCUCGUGGUCGUACUUGUCGUCGUUGUCAGCAGUUGGGACAUUUUGAAAUUGUGUGCAGAAAACGUAACGCGAACAUCACGAAGAAAGGAAAUCCAAAGAAAGUGUAUAAAAUAGAUAAACUACCUGGACAUACCGACCAACUGGAUGAUGAGGAAAAUAUUUCAACCGAAGAGAAAGUGUAUUAUGCGUUUUAUGGCGGAAAUGAAAGCAACGUUCUGGAUGCCACAAUAGGAGGAAUUUUGGUGAAAGUGUUAAUUGAUUCAGGUGCAGAUGCAAACUUGAUGCGGUUUGAAACAUGGAAGGAAUUGAAAGAGAAAAAGAUUAAGAUUGUGAAGUCAGCUAAAGGAUCGUCUCGUAUUCUGAAAGGAUAUGGCAGCAAUAAACCUCUUGACGUUGCUGGAACUUUUGAAGCAGAAGUUACUAUCGGAUGCAGAUCGACGGUUGCAGAAUUUUUCGUUGUCAAUGGUGGCCUGAAAGACAUUCUCGGAGAUUCAACAGCUAAAAAAUUGGGCGUGCUAAAGGUAGGCGUAGGAGUGAAUAACGUCAACGUAGAGCUCAAGCCAUUUUCUAAGAUCAGAGGUGUGGAAGCGACAAUAGAAAUGGAUCCGAAUAUCAGGCCUGUGUUUCAACCAUUACGCCGAGUACCGAUUCCGAUAGAAGCAGCAGUAAAUAGCAAGCUUGAGCAGUUGCUGGUUCGUGAUAUUAUAGAAGUCAAGAAAGGACCAGCUUCCUGGGUGUCACCACUAGUAGUUGUCGGAAAAGCUUCAGGAGAACCAAGAAUUUGUUUGGAUUUACGGCGAGUGAAUCAAGCAGUCGUUCGGGAACACUUUCCGAUGCCUGUUGUCGAUGAAUACCUUGCGCGGCUGGGAAAAGGAAAGAUCUGGAGUAAAUUGGACAUACGCGAAGCAUUCCAUCAAGUCGAGUUAAGCGAAGAAUCAAGAGAUGCUACAACGUUUAUCACUAACCGAGGACUGUUUCGGUUCAAGCGAUUACCGUUUGGCCUGGUGACAGCACCUGAGAUUUUCCAGCGGAUCAUGGAGGAGAUGCUAACGGGAUGCGAAGGAACAUUCUGGUAUCUCGAUGAUGUCAUCAUUGAAGGAGAAACUAAAGAAAUCCAUGACAUAAAUCUUAAAAAGGUAGUGCUUUAG